AUGGAAACAAAAAUAAGCUGUAAAAAAAAUAACCCCCAUGGACUUGGACCGGGUCAGGCUGGACCCGAAUUCGACCAGCUCAAACAAAACAACAAGAUUGAUGAAGGGAGUUAUGAAGGUUUAAUGGAGAUUUUACGUGAAGUGAGUGGAGGAAGUCUUGACAAUUUUUUUUUGCAGCUAUUGUCAAUGAAAGUUGAAGAAGAAUGUAAGGGAGGAGUUUUGAUAGAAGUUCUUUAUGAGAUUUCUUGGUGUGGCACAGGUUUUGCAGCAAAGUACAAAGCUGACUUAUGCACAGGGUGA